UGCGGGACAUUUUCAGCUACGUGGCUGAUUUACCCAGCAUUCAUCGCCGAGUAUCUGAUUCUGUUGUCUGUUUUACUUUCUCUAAAUGAGGGAUAAAUUCGUAAAAAGAUGAAGAUUAUGGAGCCAUUAAAAGUUUAUUAUACCUGGACGUUUUACUUGUUGUUUUUACAUACAACAUAUUGUUUCUACCUACCUGGUUUAGCUCCAGUUUCCUACUGUAAAAAGCAAGAUUCGAAUGUCGAAAUGAAGUGCAAGAGUCAUAUACCUCUAUUUGUCAACCGGCUAGAUUCUGUGGAGACCAUCAUCCCAUAUGAAUACAGCAGAUUUGAUUUUUGUUCUGCUAAUAAGAAAGAUUAUGCCCCAUCUGAAAAUCUUGGUCAGGUUGUCUUUGGUGAACGAAUUGAACCAUCAGGAUAUAAUUUAACUUUCCAAGAGAGGAGCUGUAAAGUACUAUGUACAAAGAAUUAUAAAAAAGAUGAGGUCAACGGUGAAAAGCUGAGCUUCAUAAAAAACGCAAUACGAUUGAAUUACCAACAUCACUGGAUAAUCGAUAACAUGCCUGUGACAUGGUGUUAUCAAGUGAGUACCAGUGACUCACAAAAGGUUUACUGUUCAACUGGAUUUCCUAUUGGUUGUUAUGUGGAUAGCCAAGGAACUCAAAAAGAUGCAUGUGUUAUUGAGCCAAAGAUUUAUAAUGAAAAGGACACCUACUAUUUAUUCAAUCAUAUAAAAAUAACAAUAGAAUAUCAUAGUGGUAGCGGUGAAGACUGGGACGGGGCGCGUUUGAUAUCUGCUAAAGUUUGGCCGAGCAGUUGUAAAGAUGGAUGCGGGCCGAAACCCUGCAAGGCUCCAUUGAGUAUUAAAUCAACAGAGUCUGGUGACCGCAGUAUACCUUAUACUUACGAAGUAGAAUUUACGAUGAACAACAAGAUUAAGUGGGCAUCACGUUGGGAUUACAUUUUGGCGUCCAUCCCUCAUACCAGCAUUCAAUGGUUCAGCAUUAUGAAUUCAUUGGUGAUUGUCCUCUUCCUAUCUGGUAUGGUGGCAAUGAUUAUGUUGAGAACUUUACACAAAGAUAUCGCUCGAUAUAAUCAACUAGAAACCUCGGACGAUGCACAGGAAGAGUUUGGCUGGAAACUUGUUCACGGUGAUGUGUUCCGUCCACCUGGAAAAGGCAUGUUACUCUCUGUGAUGUUAGGUACUGGCACACAGGUUGUCACGAUGACUUCAAUAACACUCGUGUUUGCAUGUCUUGGAUUUCUGUCACCGGCAAACCGUGGGGCUCUCAUGACCACCGUAUUGGUCUUGUUUGUUUGUCUUGGUGGACCUGCUGGAUAUGUUGCAGCAAGAAUCUAUAAAUUAUUUGGUGGUGAACGAUGGAAAACGAACGUCCUUAUGACUUGCUUCUUGUUUCCAGGAAUCAUCUUUGGAAUUUUCUUUGUAUUGAAUUUGGUUUUGUGGGCUAAACAAUCUUCUGCUGCUAUUCCAUUUGGAACAUUAGUUGCGUUACUAGCCUUGUGGUUUGGAAUCUCUGUACCCUUGGUAUUUGUUGGAGCUUACUUUGGUUUCAGAAAGCCAGUGAUCGAACUGCCAGUGCGUACUAACCAAAUCCCUCGUCAAAUUCCGGAACAGAGUUUCUACAGUCGCGCAGUUCCUGGGAUUAUUAUGGGAGGUGUUUUACCAUUCGGAUGCAUCUUCAUUCAACUUUUCUUUGUCCUCAAUAGCAUCUGGUCCCAUCAGAUAUAUUACAUGUUUGGAUUUCUAUUGGUUGUUUCUGCGAUUUUGAUUGUCACAGUUUCAGAAACUUGUAUCUUACUCUGCUAUUUCCAUUUGUGUGCCGAGGAUUAUCAUUGGUGGUGGAGGUCGUAUCUUACUGGUGCAUGUACAGCAAUAUAUCUCUUCAUGUAUUCAAUUUAUUAUUUCCAUAAAUUGACUAUUGUUGGAACUACAAGCUCUGUUUUAUACUUUGGUUAUACUUCCAUUAUGGUCAUACUUUUCUUCCUCUAUACAGGAACCAUCGGAUUCUUUGCCUGCUUUUUCUUUGUCCGCAAGAUCUACAGUGCUGUUAAAGUCGAUUAGAAGUGAUUAAUAAUACAUCGUUGAUUGGAACUAAUUAAUCAUUAUACUGUGGAUUGUUUAGUUAUAUACUGUAUGUAUAUAUACCCAAUUUUUGAGAACAAUUGUUUUCGGACUUGUCAAAUUUUUAGCUCAACUCAAAGCGCAGUACUAUAGCGGAUUAAGACCGCUUGCUGCGCUAAAUUGGAUUGAAAGAAGUUGCGUUAAAUGAUUCUGAGAAAUCUUGUCAAUUAAUACAAGAAAGAAAAUAAUCUUCAGAAGCGGCAAUAGUUCAAUAUUCUCAUCAAAAUUCGAAGAGCAUGUUCAGACAUCGCAGAUAUCUUCUCAUCAUAUAUUCUGCCUUAUACAUGCAUAAAAGAGAAUCCUAUAGAAUUAUAUUCUGGUAAGCGAAAUCAUGCAUGUGAACACCGCCGACAAUAAUUUCAAACCUGAGCCCGUUCAUUCAAUGGAUGGGAGUGACAAGAGGAUUUUUUAUGCUUCGAUAUAAUUUAUCCAAAGAAGAGAAUUAUUUUACGCGCCUUCUCAGACUGUCAUAGCUCAUAGCUGCAUGAGAUUUUAUUGGGGCAAACGGAGUGUAGUUUAGAUCAUUGUAUGGAACAUAAUUCAGUUAAAUUUUAGUGCGCCCAUAUAAGUAUACUCAGCUAAAGCGGUUUUUUGUUAUCUAUAUUUAUUUUGUUAGCUAAAAUAAACUUAAAAGUCCAAGAACUGAAUUCUGGUGACUUCAUAUCUGUUCUUUAGAAAGGCAUGUGGGAUACGAGCUCUGCAUCAUGAGAGU